AUUCUUAGUGUUUAUUAUUUCAAAAUAAAGUUGAAUGUAUCGUGAAGAUUUCUUCUAUUUUCGUCUACUAUGGAGUUCUAUUUAUCUGUACACUUCCACACCCAUAGGUAUUAGGUGUCAGUUUCCGACAGUUUGUGCAAAUAAUCUAACUACUCGUCUACCAGCUAUCUGUUGUCCAACACCUCCAAAUGCAUCUCUUCCUUGUGGUGGUCCAGGAAGAGGUUUAUGUCAAGACAUCAAUGCUUUUCCUGAAGAUCUUGAUCUUAUUCCGUUAAACGGCAAAUUUCUUCUGGAUGAUCGUUUGGCAUGGCCUACUCGGUUCUUUGAAGCAGCUUGUGCUUGUCAGGGAAAUUUUCAAGGUUAUGCAUGUCAUCGCUGUAAAGAUGGUUGGACUGGUGUCAGUUGCCGUACACGUAAAUCUGUACGUGUACGCCGUAAUGUAUUACAAAUGACUUUACUAGAACAAAGAGCAUUUCGUGAUCGAAUUAUUUUAGCUAAACGCACACCAAUGACUGAAUGGUUAGUCAUAAAUAUCAGUGAUAGUUCGAAUGGUGAUCCAGUGGAGCAAGAUAAUUUACAGCUUAUCCAAGCACCAUCUAUUUAUGAUUAUUUUGUAUUUAUACACCUGUAUGCAUCUAGAAGUAGUCUGAUUGUUGAUGAUACAAAUGGUCCACGGUGUAGUCCAAAUGAACAUAUACUAGAUUUUGCACACAAAGGACCUGCAUUCAUCACUUGGCAUAGAGCAUAUCUUUUAUUAUGGGAGAGUGAACUUGCUCGUUUGGGUAUUGCUGUUGGUGAUUCUACAGUUCAAAGAGAUGGAGAUGAUUUCACAUUGCCAUACUGGGAUUGGACUUCAGCCGAAGGUUGUCCAAUAUGUACAAAUGAUUUAGUUGGCGCACCUGACUUACAAUCAAAUACAGGCGGUUUAGAUCCCACCAGUGUGUUUUCUAACUGGAUCACAUAUUGUCCUCAGCGACCUGGAAUAAAUGACUGUCAUGUUUGUGAUCCAGGUGUAACGUGGUCAAGUAAUCCUAAUCAUCCAAUGGCAGGUGGUCCUUUAUGGCGGAUAAGAAGUGGGACGAAAUAUACUUCAACAUUUUCUCGUUUACCAGACCAGAAUGAUGUUCUACGAACCCUGGAAACACCAGAUUACGACGUAUGGCCAUAUAGAAUCACUUCUGGAAGGCGUAGUUUUCGUGAUGUACUUGAAGGAUUCACUGAUCCCAAAAUUCCAUUCAAUGCUACUGACCCUAAAGACAAUCAAAAUGUUCUAAGCACAGUUGCAGUAACCACGAACUGGACGAAUAUCACAUUUCCGUCUAAUAGAACAAGUAUAACUGAUAUUCCAGUUUACAUGCACAAUCUGGUUCACAGUUAUUUCAACGGGUCAUGGUUCGAUGUUUCAACUAGUCCAAAUGAUCCAUUGUUUAUAUUACACCAUACAUUUGUUGAUAAACUAUUUGAAUUAUGGUUCAGAAAAUAUCGACCAAGUCCUAGUCAAUACCCAAGAAGAGGAUGUCCACCAGGUCACAGUGCAUAUUCUCCAAUCGUUCCACUUUUCCCAGUCAUCGAAAAUAUAGCCUAUUUUGUAGACUCAAGAAGUCUUGGUUACGAUUACGAUGAUUAUAAAGCAGGCAGUACAAUAAUAGUCCCAGCUGAACUCGCUACUAUCAACUUGGCAUCGGUCAAUGACAACUCAUUAAUAUGGGAUGCAACUGUAAUAGGUACAGCUGUUUUAGCCGUUAUCUUAUUCUCAACACUGAUAUUAAUAACCGUAUUGGGUAUAGCUUAUUUCAGAACGAAGCGUUUGUACUAUUCACCAGUUGAUAAUAUAGAAGAGCCUCAAAUUUCAGUCGCUAACAACUGGAGAAGAGCUCCACGUUACUUAAUAUACAAUGAAAACUAUCAGCAACCUCCUCUAUAUGGUCAACACGAAAAAACUCACCUGUUGGAUAACAUUGCUUAAUAAUCAAGAUGUGCAGUAACUGUUAUUAUCUCUCAGGUAACGAGUUUAUCGGAAGAAGAAUCAAAAGUUUUAGUCAAUGGGUCUUAGCAACAAUUAUUUUAAUAAACCCUAUUCUGUUUCGUUUAUUGCUUGUUCACAUUUGUAAAGGGACUCAAUGAUUUUUAGAAAUUCAGAUUGAGCUUUUAACUAGUGAAAAUGCACAUAUUUCACAUUUUUAAUUUGAAGCUAGCUGUUAGACAUCGGUUUUAUUCCCUUCUGAAUGUUUUAUAUUUAAAUCUGAUCAUUCUUAUCCUGAUAAAAUGAAAUGGCCUAUGA